AUGUAUGCGUCUGUCCACCACCGCCUCCAUGCUAUUCUCCUUCUCCAAAACCUGUAUAUAAGUCCUACAUCAAUCUACAACUCUCCACCACCAUACUAUAUAAAGUAUCUACAAAUCUCCACCACCACGUAUGUUUACAGUUCUCCACCACCACCGUACUACUCACCAUCUCCUAAAGUAUACUACAAAUCUCCUCCACCACCAUAUGUUUACAGUUCUCCACCACCACCAUACUACUCACCUUCUCCUAAAGUAUACUACAAGUCUCCUCCACCACCAUAUGUCUACAACUCACCACCCCCACCAGCGUACUCACCGUCCCCUAAGGUAGACUACAAGUCUCCUCCUCCACCAUAUGUCUACAGUUCCCCACCACCACCAUACUACUCACCUUCGCCUAAGGUUGACUACAAGUCUCCACCACCACCAUAUGUCUACAGUUCCCCACCACCACCAUACUACUCUCCAUCCCCUAAGGUAGACUACAAGUCUCCACCACCACCAUAUGUCUACAGUUCCCCACCACCACCAUACUACUCACCUUCCCCUAAGGUAGACUACAAAUCUCCCCCACCACCAUAUGUUUACAGUUCCCCACCGCCACCAUAUUACUCACCUUCCCCUAAGGUAGACUACAAGUCUCCACCACCACCUUCAUAUUACUGA